AGUAAAGACUUCUUAAACACCAUCAUUUGUUUUUCAACAACAUUUUGCUUUAGGUGUAAUGUAAUGUUGUGAUUUACCUCAAAGCUGAUUGGAUGAAUAAUUCAAUUAAUAAGUUUGCAAGGUGUGUCUGAAUAUCUGUCUGUCCAGCUGUAUAUAAAGACAUUCCAUGCCGGUUUCUGUGUAUAGAGGUGUUUCCUGGCUCAACAAACAAGAAGGCAAAGAUCAUGGCGUUCACAUCUCAGCCUGCUGCAUUUGAACCCAGAGAGUUUCACACCGGCUUAAUGAGCUGCUGUGAUGACAAAGCCGUAUGUUUAUCCGGCAUGUUCUGUACCUAUCUUUUGGGCUGUUCCAUUGCUAAGGACAUGAAUGAGUGCUGCUGCUGCGGUUUAGGCAUGCCGAUCCGAAGUGUAUACAGAACUAAGUACAACAUACAAGGAUCCAUGUGUAAGGACUGGAUUAUCGGUUGCUUCUGCACGUCUUGUGCAGCCUGCCAAAUGAAGAGAGACAUUGAUAUUAGGAAGCGUAAUGGACAAUUCUGAGCAAUCUUUGUCUCACAAGGAACAAAAGCCCUG